CUAAGACCACGUUCCCAUUUCCUUCUAUAUGUAACCAAUAGCUAAUAAGAGAGAUUUAGGAAGCCUGUCAAUUAUCUGGGUGAAAGCUCAUACUGCUCGGGAUGCUUUCGAUGAAAAUUUUAUACUUAUCAUAGACAAGCGAACAUUUUGUUAAUUAUUCCGAAAUCUGGUGUCCAAUUCAUUAAACAUAAAAGUUAAAGGGACCAAGUUGUUGGAAACCCUGAAAUUCAGAGACCUUUGAGUAAUUAUCCAUUAGGAAAAGGCGAAAAGCUGUGAAAAUAAACCAAAGCCAGCUCAAAAACAAAAAAGGGGAAAGAAAGAAAAUGGAAGAAGAAACUGCUCAACAAUAAAUCUUUUUGUGUCAUAGCAGACUGCAUACUCUUAUCAAUGCGGCGCCAACCGCAGACUACCAAAACAAAAUUCCCCUACUUCCAAUUCCCUCUCUCUCUCUCUCUCUCUCUCUCCCUCUCACGCAGAUUUCCUUUGUCCCCUUCUUCUUCCCUUCUUUCUCCCGCCGCCUAAAUCUUCUUCCGGUGUCUGUCUCUUUUUUCUUUAGGCGGCGUCCCUUACUCUGUUUCCGACGAUCAUACGUACAAUCAGAAUCAGGAAUCGGAGGGGAAUUCCGUUCUGGGUUCUCUUGAUCGUAUUUCAGCAGGGGAGUUCGAAGGGUAAAAAUAAGUUCUUUGGUAGCAGAGCAGCGGCAUCGGUGGGGGCAGUUGAGGAGACGAAGGUUGAGGUAACCGACUAACUGGUUUAAUUACAACAUCGGGCCGAGCUCCGUUUCUUUUUUCGCUUGGGAUUGAUGUUUAAGGGGUGAAGGAUUCGAGAGUUCUAUACUUCUAUUUGCUUCGGUUCUGGGGAAUUGGGUAGUGUGGAAGGAACGCGGGAGAAGUGAAUUGUUUAUCUAUUUCUGAACUUUAUUACUUUUAGUUUAUUACCAUUACCCAGAAGGGAGUUUUGUGGAGUUUGUUUGUUGGUUCUUUCAAUUCAGGGUCCAAUUUGGGAGAAGUUCAUUUGCUGUAGUUGUUGGUAUUGGUUAGGCAGCAGCAAUGAAUGCUUGAAAAUUCAGUCUAAUUAAUGACAUGUAUUGGGGUUCUGAUGGCUGUGAUUCAUCCAUUGGCAGGAACGAAUUUGAAAUAAAAUAAAUAGACAAGGAAAAUACUCAUAUGGAGAGACAGUGAAAGGCUGGGUGAUCUGAUCCCACAGCUUUUCCCUUUGCUUAACUUAGCUUUGCUGUACCGUGCUGUGCUCUGUUCUGCUAGCUGGUUGCUGCUAUUACUUCCUCCUUUGGUUGGGGUAUUAAUUGUAGAGAGAGAAAUGUUUAGUCAUUUGUGUGGUUUGUGUGUGAAUGGAGGAUGGUUGUAGUUGGGAGGAUGGAUGGAUGGAGAUGAGAGGAAGGAGGGAUGGAUAGUUGACCCUUUAAAUUAGGGUUUCAGAUUACUUGCUUUAAAUUUUUUUAAAGAGAUUUGCAGGCCUGUUGCUAUAUAUCAUAUUCAUAUUCACAUGUUUACUUAAUUUUACUUCAUCCUUUGGUUUUGGGACUUGCCCUCCUCCCAGCCUUGCCUUUCCAUCAGCCUCUGUCUCUGUCUUGUGUUUCUGCCUCCAUUUAUUGCUCCUCACACUUCCUAUCCAUCACUCCUUCUUUAUUGUUGCUGUCAUGUUUUAUUAAAUACUUUCUUAACUUAAUACUUCAUCCUCCUAUGGAAUGUCUCCUCCCUUCUCUCUCUAUUGGCUUCCACUUGUUAAGAGGUUUUCAACCCUCUCUUUCUCUCUUCUUCUGCCUGUUCUGCUUCUUCUUCUUCCUGUUCUUAAUCCUUCUUUGGAUUCCUUUUGCUGGCCAGGAGUAUGAGUUACUUUGCUUUAGAUGGUUCAGCUGGAAUCCUGUUCCUUACACUACUUUGGUUUCUUUUUGGUGUCAAACUUUAUCUUUGUUUCUUCUGUUCUCUGCAGGGGUUUUUGUGUGAAUGAGUGCCUGACAGUUAGCGAAGGAAGCUGAUUUGGUAGAUGAAAAGGUAUAUUUCACUAUUUAAGUGUAUUACUUUCUUGUUUUGUUUGUUUUGGUGAUUCUGUUCCAUUCUAUGGUCCUUUGUUUAUUGUCUUUGGGAUCUGAUUGCAGAUCAUUUAUAUUCCUCCAUUUUGGUUUUUACUGAAUUCCUCUUUUCUGGUCCAUGGAGACUUUGAUUGGAAACCUGAAAACCCCAUCAGUGAGUGAGUUUGUCAUGGUUGAUUACCUUUGUUUUCCCAAAUCCUCAAUCAUGACUUAUGGAACUGAAAUUCAUUGCCAUAGGUUUAGAUCUACUCAGAGUUUUCAGUUUAGCAAGCAUCCAGAAAGGGUUUUCGGUUUUGAUGCAAAAAGGCAAAAGCAGGGGGCCAUCUACUACUAUUUCAAUUUUGUCUUUAUUGACUUUUUUAGCUGUAAAAAAUUGGGGGUGGUGUUGUUGGUUUGUUAGAGGCUCCAGACUCCAGAGUCUUUAGAGAAGUUCAAAACUUUUGUCUUUUCUUUAAUCUCUUCUUUAAAUUCUUCUUCAUCGUGAGAAAUUGUCUCAUCUUCCAUCUUUGACAUUUUGUCUGCUGAAUCCUCUUUUCCAUUCUAUUCUUAUGUUUCCGUCCUCUGCUAGGAAAAGGAAGGUCAGAGAUUUUGAGGAAAUGAUCUUAUAUGAUCAUCCAUCCUGUUGCAGCUUGGUUGAUUCCUUUCAUUAAUCCCAUCUUCCUUUUCUACAAUCCCUAAUAGGAUAAUUCUUGAACUUGUUUCUACUCAUUUGUUUUAGGGGUCGUUGCUUGUCACUGUCAUGUUCCUAUGCUUGGAGGUUUCUUAGGGGAUAUUCAGUUAGUAGUCAGCCUAGGAUUCUUAACCUUCUUUGGGGUGAUUUGAUUUUACAUGUCAAACUCAAUGUCCCUUACUUCAACUCUUUGUCAUUGAGUUCUGUAAAUUGCUCUUAAUUUGUCUCCUGAUGAUUGCAACUGCUUUUUAUAUAACUAAUCACGUUGCUUUCUGGGCAGGAAAGUUCAUAGCGUGGCGUUCUCCUCAAGUUUCUACAGUCUGAUAUCUGUUGAAAUAUGAAACUCGAGGGUAAACAAGGUCAUAAGUCUGGUACUGAAGCUUUUGAAUACAUCAAUAAUCAUCUGGGGUCUCUCGGUCUUAAAUCUGGAGAGAAUACUCUGAAGGAGGACCAGAAAGGUCUACCACGUGAUACGAAACUGAGGGAAGACUAUGUUGAUCAAAUCCUAUACAAGAAGACUAGUGAUGAAGUUGCCAAAAUAGACUCCAGAAGACAUGAUGAAUACAGUGAAAAUCUGGACGAUUCAUCACCAGAUAAUGGUGACGUGGAGUUGAGAAGAUUUGUGGUUGAGCCAUUACAGAAUACCGAUGAGAUGCCCGAAUUGAUGGUUUGUUACGAAGACAACUCGAACCAUGCGGUGAAGGACAUCUGCAUUGAUGAAGGGGUGCCAUUGCAGGAUAAGUUCUUGUUCGACAUGAGUAUGGAUGAAGGGUAUCUGUCAACAUUCUUGCCUCCUGAAAAAGCUGUGGCAUGUGUUGAGGUGUUGAAAGAACCUGUUGAAGUAAUAUCUGUGCCGAAAUCUUCUGUUGCUGGACCAGAAGAUGAGGACCUUCCGUCAAUAGAAUUCAAAGACGCAAAAGAUAUGGGAUUUGUAAAUGUCGAGUUUCAUUCGGAGCGGUCAAUGCAAAACAAGGAAGUAGAGGAGAAAGAAGCAUCUGAUAAUUCUAAUGCACUGAAAAGGAGCCUUUCUCUUGGAGAUUUGCUUGCCCUUCCAGAACCAGGGGAAAAUUCUUCAAACUCACUAGAUGCUUCAAAGAUGCCAGAUGAAAAUCAAGCCUCUGCAGCCACCUAUGAAGGACAUGAGAAUGACAGCAUGGGAGCAAGCUCGGUGGACCCUUCCAUGAUUUCUGUUUCAAAACAAGAUAAACAAGAGGGAGUUACUACGGCCACCACCCCUGCUUCUACUAAAUCCGAGUCUCCUAAAGGGUCAUCAGUCCAAGAGAAUGAGGAACAUGAAAGACACAGUUUGGAUUCAGUCUCUGAUGAACUGGCUGACGAUGUUGUGGGCCGCUUAUCUUUCGAGGGCAGGGCCAGAAAUGCAGCAGCACCCGUUAUUACUCCCCAGUCUGAAAAGGAGAAGCUCCUUUCCAGUGACGAUUCUGACCUUGUCAAAACACUAAUCUCUCCCCGGAUUGGAGGUACUGAUUCACAACCCAAUUCCAAUCGCCUUCAGUAUAAUCAAGGAGAGUCUAGCUUCACCAUGGUUGGCUCUGAACCAGUUCCUUAUUCGGGAAGUAUCUCGAUGAGAUCAGACAGCAGCGCCACCAGUACACGCUCUUUUGCUUUCCCAGUAUUGCAAAAUGAAUGGAACAGCAGUCCGGUGAGGAUGGCGAAAGCUGACAGGAGACAUUUCAGGAAGCACAGACCCUGGAGGCAGGGGUUACUCUGCUGUAAAUUCUGAAAGGGCUUGUUGCUCCCCCCACCUACUCUGUCGAUAUUAGAUUUAGAGGCGUGAGAUAUAUUAUUAUGAUUAUCGUUAUGAUUAUACAUACAAUUAUCAAGUAUUACAGAUCAUCAUCUAGAGGUAGUAAUGGAAAGAAAUGAAGAAAAAAGUAUACAUCUUUCCUGGUUUUUGCCAGUCCCCGGUGGAGUUGAUGUGUGAAACCACCACCAUUGUUAUCUCUGUAAUUCUUUGGUGGUGCUGAGUUUAUUGUGGUGAAGAGUUUGACGAGAUUGAUUGAUUCUUGUGGGAACUGGAGAAUAUUGUGUUUUGUUGAAGCUUUUCAGGGGAAUGUAAGGUCAUGGCUUCAUUAGUGGCACAGAUGCAUGCAAGGCAAUGGCAGGGACUGAUAAUUGGACCCUGGCCCAUCUUCUUCUUUUGGUUCGAAGAAAACUAUGAUAUUGGCACUUGACUUGAAGCUUUACCUAAAAAGAUUAGCGUACCAAGGCAGUAAAAGAAAAGAGCCCAACAAAUGUUAUAUGGGGAGAAUCAAUGGGGUCUUACUUCUGUUACCGACAGUAUGUGUGUAGUACAAAACAGUGGUCGGCAGAAAUGAACGAGGAAAGAGAUGUACAAAGUGCCAUGAGCGUGGUCGUUGAGAAUUCCAGUUACGGGACGGGUUUAGCUUCCGAUGAUUAGCACCAUUCUAAGUAGAAACAUAGUCGUUUUUUUCAGUGGCCGGACUACAACUCUGACUCAAUUAUAGUUGUAGCUAGUAUUUUGCAAUUGCAGUAGUUAUUUUUUAAUAGGCUAACUAGAAAUAAUACCCGCGGCUACGCCGCAGGACAUGAUUAGCAGAGGGCACAAUCAGUCAAUUGAACUUUUAAUUGACCUUCAAGUCCAAUGAUUUGGUCUUGCUUCUCCAAUGUUUUAAUCUUAUUGUUAUGGCUGUUCUUUCAUCUUCUGAUCUGAUCUCCUUAGCUAUGAUUCAAGUUCUGUGGCAGUAGGCAAAUGCUCAGGAAUAUAGCUUGGUAUAAGCA